AUGGGAAAGAAGUUGAUGGCUAUGACAACAUUGAUGGCAGCCACGAUGUCACAGUUGUUGUUGGGUUUGCACCUUGAUGGGUGUGAAGGUCUCUGGGAGAUCUCUGGAGCACCUCACAGUUGGAUGAGUGAUGCAGCUGAACAACAAGGACUACGGCCACGGAGGAUCAAUCUUCGGUACGGCUAUGAUGUCUACAAGAAGGACACUUGGUCACAGCUACAACACCUUCGGCGACAGCGGCGUCCUCGGCGUAUCUGGGUGUCGUUGCCGUGUACUAAGUGGUGCUCUUGGUCUUCAACGAGGUACUGUGAUGAAGCCCGACAAGUUCAGCUGGCAACGGAGCGACGGCGUGAACGUCGCAUGCUAUGGGAAGCUGUGAGCUUCCUCCUGGAAACCUUGGAUGAAGAUCCGUCUGUCAAGAUCUACUUUGAAUGGCCUCACCCCAGCAUUGGAUGGAGACAACAACCUAUGAUGUACUUGGCACAACAACUUCAACAACGAGGCAUUGAUUGGUUGUCAUGUCGAAUUGACGGUUGCCGCUAUGAUCUUCGAGAUCCUGAAGACAACAGCUUUAUUUUGAAGAAAUGGAUGGUCAAGACCAAUGACGAGGUCUUUCAUCAGACCUACCGGGCGAAGGUCUGUGUGGGUAACCAUGUUCACUCCCACACGGAAGGGCAAGGAAUGACGAGUGCGGCCUACUAUCCGUGGAAGUUGGUUCAGUCUAUCACGCGCUUUUGGCGCGACCAACUUGGACCCCUACGUCACGCACGGAUGCUACGACAGCAGGAAGAGGUCAAUGUGGAAGAUGAUCAACUGGAUGUUGAUCCAUGGUCCUUGUCAUUGGUGGAGGACAAGUCUGACGUGGAAGAGACUCCCGAGGUGAUGAUUGGACAAGCGGCUACUCUGGACAUCAACGCCCACGCCCGUGAGGCGAGUGCCCGGCAACGGUAUGGUUUUGAUGAUUUGGAAAGACUAUGCAACUUGAUCUACAACUACCUUGGAGUGACUCUUCAACAACACCAUCUUCGAUGGGCACAGACUCCCUCUCAACUACUACAGCUUGGUCUGUAUUCCUUUGGAGCCUUUGGUGGACUGACCAACAGGACUCACACGUACAAGGAGGUGGUGAUCUACGUCAAUGAGUUUCUUCGUCGUCAUCUACCACAACAGACCUGGACGAGCAUCCUUAUCAACUUCAAUGGACGGACCUUACCACACCGAGAUCACAACAACCAGAAAGGAUCAUCAAACAUUCUGACAUGCUUUGGUUCCUUUGCUGGUGGAGGUCUAUGGCUUCAAGAUGAGAGUGGAAAAACCACGGAUCGAGUUCGCCGGAGAUUAGCCAAUGGAUCGGUUGUCUACGGUAACAUGUUCGAGACCUUCAAGAAGUUCGUCAUCUUCAGUCCAGAGACUUUGCACGCAACUCAACAAUGGCGAGGCUUCCGGAUAGCAGUGACCGCGUACUCUUCAAGGAUGAUCGACAAGGUCUCACGACAAGAACGAGAACAACUACGAGCACUUGGAUUUCCUCUACCUACAACGAGUCCAUCUCAAAUGGUUUCGAUUGCAGAACAAACGUCAUCUACUACCACGGGUCCUUCUCAAAUGAUUUUGGUUGCAGAACAGACGUCAUCUACUACCACGGGUCCUUCUCAAAUGAUUUCGGUUGCAGAACAGACGUCAUCUACUACCACGGGUCCUACUACAGAUGUGGACAAAGGAUUGGAGUCACACGCAGAAGGCGUUUCCCAGGAAGAGUACGAGCGAUGGAUGACCCAAGUAGCGAAAUUCCACAAGGCAGCUGGACAUCCGUCGAAUCGGAACUUGGCCCGAAUCGUGAAGGACGCAGGACACCCUGAGUGGAAAGUGGAAGCUGCACGUAUCUAUCAGUGUCCCACUUGUCUGAGUUUGAAACCUGGUGGCACCAGCUCUGGUCGUGUACCACCAGCUAGCACACACGCCCAGUAUGGUGCAUGGGAAGCAGUGGCAGUUGAUGCAGCGGAGUGGGUGCCACCUGGGAGGAAGAUCAAGGUGAAGUUUCUGCUCUUCAUGGACGUUGCUACGAAGUUGCGAGUGACGUGCCCUUUGUAUGUCUAUGACUUUCUCGAGAUGAAGGCAGAGUCAAGCCAAGACUUCAUGAGGAGCUUCACUGAGCGAUGGCUGGGGACAUAUCCUAAGCCAAGGGUGGUGUUGAUGGAUUCAGCAAAGAGCCUUAUUUCUGAGACCACUCAUCAGUAUCUUUCGGACUUGAACAUUCUGGUGCACUUCAUUGCCGAGAAAGAGUCUUGGGCACAUGGCACGGUCGAGGCUGCUGUUCAGGACGUCAAGUUGACGGCUUCGGCUAUCUACCAGGACCUGAGAGACCUGCAACCCGAGAUGGCAUUGUUCCUGGCCACUGCGGCCCUGAAUUCCACAGAGUACACCGCCGGAUUCUCCUCGUUCCAAUGGGCUUUUGGGAAACAGUACUCCCUCUCCGAUGAGGAUGUACGAACCUUUGCCACUACGAACUAUGAGGGCGAGUAUACGAGGCUUGUUACUCUACGACAGCAAGCAGAAGAAGUUGCUGUGAGGACGAGGGCAAAACGAGUACUUUCGCGACUACAAAAUUCUACGGUGCGACAACCUCUUCGUGAGUUUGAGCCAUUCGCCCUCGUGAAGAUCUGGCGUCAUGUGUGGCCGCAUGAGCAAGCCAAGGGAACUCGUGGUGGAUUUCGGAAAUCUGGACGGCCGCAUUGGGCCGGACCAGGGCGAGUCAUCUUUCAAGAAGUACUACCUCACCAGGAGUCCGGAGACACGCGACGCCAUAUUGUGUGGGUGCUGAUCGGCCAGCGACUGUUUCGUUGCUCAGUGCAUUCCGUACGACCAGUGACUGAAGAGGAGAAGUUUGUCUACGAGACGACCGCAAGGGAGAACGUCACUUCUUGGAGGACGCUUGCCGAUGUUUUACCGAAACGUGAGUACUUCGAUGUUGUGAAUGAAGAACCCAGCCCGGAAGAUCAGGAACUCCCAGAUCUACCUGAACAACCAGACAAGACCACUGUCGUGGUACCAACACGACGCGUCCGAGCCAAAACAAGUCCUACAGAAGUGAAUGAGCCUGAGUCUGGAACACACUCGUCUACAGCUACGUCGUCUCAAGUUCGUCCACAUGAACCACCAGACGUCAAUGACUACGAGCAACCAGCACCCAAAAGGAGCAAGGCCGAUGAGCCAAGUUGGGUUGAUGAGCUCUAUGCCGAAGCUGUGAUCGAGGAACAGACGAUUGACAUUUUCCAUGCCAUGUCGGAGAUCAAUGAGUUCCUUCGGAUUGAGAUUGACAUUGAUCAAUUGAGUUCCAACAGACAACGAAAGAUGCUGGAGCGCAAUCCUGUGGCGUUCCUGGCAAAGAAGAUGCGGGACUCAGAAGUGGUGAUCAGCAAGCUACCGUCUGAUGAGCGAGAACUCUUCUCUCGGGCUAAGGCCAAGGAAGACGGCAUGCGCAAGGCUAAGGCGAGGAUAGUUCUUUUGGGAUUUCAACAUCCUAACCUCUUGGAUCCUUCCUUCAAAACAGCUUCACCAGUACAGUCAAGCCUGGGUCGCAACUUGUUGUACUUGAUGGCCGCACAGCAUCAAUGGACACUGGAGGGACUAGACUUGGCCACAGCCUUCCUACAGACCUUACCGACCGAGGCCGACAAGGAGCUGUGGACUACUGGUGUGGAAGAGUUGCGCGAAGCUAUUGGUGUUGGACCAGAACAAAUCAUGAGGAUUUUGAGAAACAUUUAUGGGUCCACCACGGCACCGAGAGGACUAUGGUUGGCUUUGCACAAGACGCUCACUUCACUGGGAGCUCAACCGGUUCUUGGAGAACGGUGUCUAUGGAUUUGGCUGUCGCAACUACAAGCGGAGGCGCGAACAAUAGGUGCCAUGGGAGGACAUGUUGAUGACUUUCAUCGUAUUGGCGAUGGUUCGGAAGAAUGGCUUGCUAUCAAGGCCAAAAUUGACUCCGCCUAUCGUUGGGGAAUGACCAAGUCUGGCAAUUACCGACACGCCGGAACGGACAUCACAACGACUACGGAUGAGCAAGGCUACCAGAAGAUCCUCGUGGACCAGCAGUACUACGUAGAUGGGGUCGCCGAUGUGGAGAUUGAGCUGGACCGCAUUCGUGGUGAUGAAGUGCUAUCUCGACGAGAUGUUGAUGCAUGCAGAACGGCGUUGGGUGAACUACAGUGGUUGGCCGUUCAAACGCAGCCACAACUAUGUGCUCGAUGUAAUCUUCUGCUAACUGAGAUCACCACAGGUGGCACUAUGUCAACGGCACGUGAGAUCCAACAGAUGAUUGGUGAGAUUCGCCGUGAAAGCUUCAAGUUGGAGUUUCGUCGCCUACCAGAUGUUCACCAUUGGAGAGACAUGGUUUUCAUCAGCAUGGGAGAUCAAGCUCACUGCAAUCGUCCCAAAGGUGAUUCAACAGGUGGAUUGAUCACCCUGGCAGCAGGACCAGGCAGCCUGGAUGGUACAGUAAGCCCCAUGCUAGUUCUUGGAUGGCGCACGUGGAAACUACGGCGAAAGGCAAUUGGUUCAAACGAUGCCGAGGUACAGUCCAUUCUCGAGGCUGAGGACCACAACUUCAGGACAAGAUUGCUGUGGUCAGAACUUCAUGGAGGUGGUGGCCAACAUGCUCAUCGGCCCCUACGACAGGACUUGGUGGCGCUACUCGAGAAACAAGUGGAAGGCAUCAAUGGCAUCUUGUGCACGGACUCAAGAGGCGGCUACGACGCCGUGGAGAGAAAUGAGAGUCCACUCCUGGGACUCAGCAAUAUCCGUGCAGCACUACAGGCGUUUCAGCUACGAGAUAACUUACAACGAGCUGGGUGUCGUCUACGGUGGCUGGCAUCUGACUUUGACCUCGCAGACGCCUUGACCAAAAAGAAAGAGGAAGCUCGGCAAGGACUUCUGAAGAUGUUGCGUACGGGCCAUUGGAGCAUACGCUUUGAUCCUUCUUUCACAUCAGCCAAGAAAGGAAAGAAACAAGGCAAAAGUGCCUUGGAAGCCAUAGAUCAUUUCAUUCGCAAGGGACGCCCCCGAGCGAGCAAUCACUGA